GUAAUUUCUUGAAACUUUUCAACACACACACACCAAGAAUCUUUUUUUUACCUUUCUUCUCUUUUUUUCUCUUUCUAAAGAUUAGAAUAAAAAAAAUAAAAAAGAAUAGAUAUAUACUCUGCCCAAUCACAAACCUCAAAACCCAUUUGCCUUCCCACCAUGGACGAACCUUCUUCUUCCUCCUCCUUUUCAGCCUCCGCCGUGCUCAGCCGCAGCCCGGCCAUAGACCGCCACAAUCCCAUCAUCACCGACUCCCGACGAUCCGUCUCAUCGCCCACUCACCCACCGCCACGUGUCCCCAACAAGAACAAGAAGAAAAACAGCAUUAAUGCUACUAAUAACAAACAGAAAACCAUCACACCAAAGGAAAAUACUCCAAAGCCCGAAGAUGAAGAAUCGAACUUGAAAAUCAGUACUGUUUUAAAGAAAAGCACCUGGAAUUGGAAUUUUACCGGGCCCGGCGGCGGGUUUAUAAGCCCACCGGGCUCGACUAGGUACUUGCUGGGCGAAAACGUGUUGUUUGAGAAUUUAUGGGAUUUGGGCCCGGCCCAAAAGGUAUUCCCUGAUGAGCCCAAGAAGGUGAAUGGAAAGUCUGCAUCUUUAGCAGAUUGCUGCAAUGAAAAGGUUGUUGUUCUGAGAGUGUCUUUGCAUUGCAGAGGGUGUGAGAGGAAAAUGAGAAAGCAUUUAUCAAGAAUGGAAGGUGUUAAAUCAUUCGACAUUGAUUUCAUGGCAAAGAAGGUGACCGUGACCGGAAAUAUAACGCCUUUGGAGGUGCUCUCCAGCAUAUCGAAGGUGAAAAACGCGCAACUUUGGUCUCCGAGCUUAUCAUCAUUUUCGUCAUCAUAUCGAAUAUAACGCAUUAGGUUCAUUUUUUUUUUCUUGGUUGUUGUUGCUCUUGNGCCUAGCAUUGAUCUUUUAAUACGUUAGUUAAGAUUAGUUUUAAGAAGAUUUUUGGAUGUUGUUGUGAAGUACUGUGCAAUUGUGAA